GUUUGGAUCUCGUCUCGCUCCGCCAGUAUAUAUUCGGACACCCUCAGCAUUGAGUUCGUCCAGCGCACCCCCUCGCAGCUCAUACAACACGCCCACCUCGUCCUUGCCAUCACGCCAGUCCAGCAUGCUCGGCAACACCGACGAGACCCCCGCGCAGCAACCGCUGGCCGACUUUGGCAGCGCCGACUUUGACAACACCGAAUUUGAGCCUUCGGCAGCGGCCUACAAGGACGAGCCCCUGCUGACCGAGAGCAAGCAUCGCUUCGUCAUGUUCCCGAUCCACUACAACGAGAUCUGGCAGGCCUACAAGGCCGCCGAGGCCAAAUUCUGGAGUGCCGAGGAAAUCGCACUCUCCGAGGAUGCCGAAGGGUGGGAGACAUUGUCAGGCAAAGAAAAGUCGGUGCUCCUGCAGAUCCUGCUGCUGCUGGCCACCAACGAUUCGUUCGUCGGCAAUGUCCAAUCCCGCGUCGCCAACGAGAUCCAGGCUGCCGAGCCUCGCGCAUACUACGGCUUCCAGAUCAUGCAAAAGAACAUCCACCUGGAGCUGCUCAACGCUCUCCUGGGCCUGUUUCUGAAAGACGACGCAAGCCGCGAUCUGAUCUACGAAACCAUCAGCUCCUUCCCCAGCCUGCACAGAAAGAUUGCUUGGGUCGAGCGCCACAUCCACAAAUCCCACGAGCACUUUUCUGUCCGCAACGUUGCCCUGGCCAUCUACAGCAAGAUUUUCAACUCGACUCUGAGCAUCAUCGCCGUCCACCUGGCCGCCAAGGUGCCAAAGUACGAGCGUUCGGCAUUGCCUGGCUUCCUCCACGGACUCAUCAAGAUGCAUCACGACUACCACCACUAUUAUGAGCUCUCGACCAUCCUCGGCGACCUUCUGGUCAACAAGGUCCCUGUCUCCAAAGUGCACGCCAUGCUGCAGGAGGCCGUCGACAUCGAGGAGGAGCUCGUCAAGGACCUGUUUUCGUAUGCCGGCAACGCGAUUGCCCUGGCCGGCACAACGGUCGAUCCGGCCGAGCUGAAGCGGUAUUGCAAGUUUGUCGCCGACCAGACUGUGGUUGGGCUCGGCUUUGAGAAGGUCUUUGGCGUCACCGACCCACUUCCCUGGGCCACGCGCAUCAUCGAGUCGGAGACCAUCAAGAUCAAGUCGAAGACCCCCGUCACUGCCAUCCAGAAGAAGGCCGAGGUUCCCGCGAACAUCGAAAGCGCCUUUACUCUCGACGACGACUUUUAACAUCCUGGCAAGAGCAGCUGUGCCCACUCCCCUGUUUGUUUGUUGUUUGUUUCUCUCCCUCUCUCUCGCUCUCGCACAUCCGAUCGGCAGUCCAGCGUUCAUAAUCAUGAAGCGGAACUCUCCUUGGUCCUCUGAGGCCCGAUAGCCACA